AAAUAGUAAGAAGGGGGUGAAUCCAAAUGGUCAGCUGCUGCUGGAGGAACCGUUUACUUAUACUUGCAUUGUAGCUGCCUAAAUUUAAUUUAAACUUGCCAGAAGAAUUGAAGGAAAAUUUAUUUAAACAACACUUUAUCCCAGCCGCAAUAGUAGUUAGUAGUUGGACGAUAACCUUUUGACCACGAUAAUACGAUAAUAUUUUAUUCACUGCCUUGAUCUGGUGAAUCCCUUGCAUGAGUUUAGCAAAGCAACUACAUAGACAAAUUUUUGAGGAGCCAAAUAAUCAACAAGAAUGGGGAAACAUUGUGGCGUUUUCGUAGUGCUGCUGCAUAUUUGCAUUUUAAUCGCUUUUGUCUCGGGGGACACUUGUCCUGACCACAAAACCAGGUGUAGUAAGACCCAAACAUGCUGUUCAGAUAACCGAGGAGGUUAUGGCUGUUGUCCAUAUCCGGGUGCUACGUGCUGCAACGACGGUCAGCAUUGCUGUCCUCAUGGGAGCAAGUGUGACACUGUCCACUCUCGGUGCAUUCCUAAUGAAGUUUCAGAGCCCGAAUGGUGGACCAUGAUUUACAAAAGUUUCACCCGAGAGGAGUGGCUUGCUCAGAACUUGAUUACCGAAGAUGGGGUCGAUAGUGGUCAUAAUGCAACAAUGGUGGACAAGAAAAUCUGUGGGGGUGGAGAACAAACGUGCCCUGAUAAGUAUACAUGUUGUGCCCUGGCCAGUGGUGGGUGGGGCUGUUGCCCGUUUGAUGGUGCAAUGUGUUGUCCAGAUAAAAUUCAUUGUUGUCCUCAUGGAAAGACUUGUGAUGACAAAGGAAAGAGGUGUGUUUAACUUGGUUUAAUUUUUUUCAGAAUACAUACAUUAAUGAAAUUGUAUAAUUUGUUAUUGUUUAACACGAUUUGAUAAAAAUCAAUGCAUACUUCGGAAAUCUUUUUAUUUUGGAAAUAUUUCGUUGGCAGUUUUUAAUUUAUUUGCUUGUAUUUUAAUUCCGAUCUAUAUGUAUCUUGUUGAAAUUAUUAUACAAUUAAUUUCGGUUCAAUAAAAAUGACUUUAAUACCAAUA